UGCCACGCCUUCUCCUUCCUCCUCUUUCACGCAAUCUAGCGAUGGACGCAGCGAGGGAGGCGUCCUCGAGCCCCGCCCAGUGGGUCCCGUUCGGCGGGGGCAACGAGGCCCUGCCUCCUUCGUUCGACGCGGCGACGGAGUCCACCGCGGUGGCGGCCGCGUCGUCGGGCGGGAAGGUGGCGCGGCCGGCGAGGCGGCGGACGAGGGUGUCGAGGAAGGCGCCGGUGACGCUGCUCAACACCGACACCGCCAACUUCCGCGCGAUGGUGCAGCAGUUCACCGGCUUCCCGUCCGGCCAACAGUACGGGCCGAGCGUCCACGACGCGCCGCCGGCCGCCGUGAUGCCUCCUCCGACGCUGCACUUCCCGCAGCCGCAGCUGUUCCUGGAGCAGCCGCAGCUCCAGUUCCCGCGUUUCCAUCAUCAUCAGCAGCAGCAGCAGCAAUUUCCGAAGGCGAACGAAGCAUUUUUCCAGCCCAAUAAUUCCGACCCAACAACUAGUUCGGAGAUGGCCGAGUUGUUCUUGUUCGGCCCAGGACCGGCCCAGCCCAAUAGCGACAGCGGCAACUUCCGGUGGCAUUAAGGGAUUCGUUCGGAUUUCACUUGGGGCAUCUGGAAUAAGUUCGGACUUCACUCGGGGCAUCUGGCAUUAAUUGAGGCGUCUGUGAGCAAACUUGUAUAAGCGCUUGGAAUGAUUCUAGGCGUCCUCUCGGAUGGAUCUAGUAGUUAGCACAUGAGGUGUUGCCAUAAUAAAGUUUGGGGUUCGAAUCUCGGCAAAACCGAGUUAAAUACCUCCCUUAUGUGUUAGUCACUAUUUCAAAGGUUAGUAGUCGUCCA